GCGCUCUCGUUAGUCUGUCCGGCAGCAGGAGCCUGUAACUAUGGCUGUUGUUGGUUUCCGACGGUGGGCCCAAGCCCUGUCAAAGGGUAAAGGGUCUGGCAUUUCAGCCCUUAUCUCGGGGAGUAGAGCAGCUUCUUCUGUCGGUAAAGGCAGUCUACCUGGUCCGUACCCGAAAACCCCCGAGGAAAGAGCUGCUGCCGCGAAGAAGUACAACAUGAUCCCGGAGGACUACGAACCGUAUCCCGACAAAGGCGAGGGCUAUGGAGACUACCCAAUGCUACCCAACAAAUCCCAGCAUGAGAGAGACCCCUGGUACUCAUGGGACCACUCUGACCUGAGGAGGAACUGGGGAGAAACCAUGCACUGGGAUUUCGACAUGUACACCAGGAAUCGUGUGGACACGUCACCAACUGUUGUACCUUAUCACAGUAUGGUCAAGGACCUGUUCCUCUUCCUCGGCUUCAUGGCAUUCAUGUUCUACGUUGGGUACGAGUGCAAAUCUUACCAACCUGUUGGCCCGAAGCAAUAUCCUUACAACAACCUGUACCUGGAAAAAGGAGGAGAUCCUGAGAAACAGCCAGAGGAAGUCAAGAAUUAUGAACUCUAAUGACUACAAUCUGCUUCUACUUGUACAUAUAUGUUCCUGUCAAAAAUAAAGACUUAUCUUAACAGCUGAAA